AAUUUUAUGUUGUUUGUUUGAUUCUCUGUUUCUUUUUUCCUAAAUGGGUAUUCCAUAUUUUCUUCUGAUGCAGAAAAAAGUUUCUUUCUUUUUUUGGUUCUUCUUUUCUUGAUCCAAGAUUAUUUCUUUUCUUGAUGAUUUGGGUAGAUUCAGGGAUUUUCCCUUCUUUUGGUUGUUGCCCAUCACCCCUUUUGGCGUGUUCUUUACAUCUGUUGUCUGCAUGAAUUGAAAUUUCAAUGCGUUUUAUGUGAGCUUAAAUUCUGAAUUGCGGUGGAUAUCAAUUGCAGUGUGUUGUAUCUUAAUUAAGAAGGGAUUUCGAGUGUUAUUUGAAUUGCUGGAGGCCAGAGCGUGCAAUCUAACUCUACAAUCCAUGGAUAAAGAUGCUAGAGUGGAAGAGACUGUUGAUUUGCUAACCAAUGCGGAAUUGGUGAGAUCGGUCUCUGAUAAGCAUCAUGAUCUUUUAAGGCCUUCUGCUCGGAACUAUACAAGAGGACAAGCGAAAGAUGGAAGUGGCCAUGGAAAGGGAAAGCAUGCCUUACUCAGAGACACAGAGGACUUCCAAAUGGGAAUUUAUGAUAAGCCCCUUCCGUUUUUUGGAUGUGGAGUCGGAUGGUUCUCAUUUCUUUUUGGAUUUCUAUGCCCACCAAUGUGGUUCUAUGCUACAAUUCUCUAUUUUGGAAAUCACUAUCGGAAGGAUCCGAGGGAGCGAGCAGGGCUGGGAGCCUCUGCCAUUGCUGCAUUACUGUGCUCUGUAGCGUUGCUGAUAAUUGCAGUUAUUCAUUUGUUAAAAUUGCGGUCCCACUAUUUCUAAUUUUAUGUGCAAAGGUGGAAAUUGAGAAGCAAAAGCAUUUGGAAGCAACUCUGGCGGCAUAUUAGAAACAAUUGGACAUAUGUAUAUAAGAACUUCAAAUAGAUGGAAAAAAGCUUGCAUAUUGUUUGUGAAGUAAUUCACAGCAAGAAAUCUGUCGGCUAUACCAUACGUUAAGAGAAAAUGAUGUGUCAUAUCCUUUAUUUGAUUAUUUUUCUGAAGUGAUGUAUACUCAAAGAAACGUUUUGACGAGUGUUUAUGAAUCUCCAAAAAUCACCGUUAAUGUUUUUUA